AUGGCAGGAACCAGUUCAGGAGCCCGCUUCUACCGGCAGAUAAAAAGACACCCCGGGCUCAUCCCAAUGAUCGGCUUCAUCUGCCUGGGCAUGGGCAGUGCUGGGCUCUAUCUGCUUCCACUGGCACUGGGUAGCCUGGAUGUCUGCUAUGACAGAAAGAGCAACCCAGAGCCCUGGAACCGUGUGAGUCCCAACGAUCAGUACAAGUUCCUCGCUGUUUCCACUGACUACAAGAAGCUGAAGGACUGGCCAGACUUCUAA